GGCUCCCGGCGCAAAAACUGCGUUCGGUACGGUCCUGUCACAUCUAACGCCCUAUCGGGUGCGCUGCGGCCCUCACGGAAGAAGAGGGUGAAGGGGAUCGACGGAGCAGCAGUUUGGACGAGGAAAAACUCGAUGCCUAUAUAUUUAAUAACUGAUUAAGCAAGCAAUAUAUGCCAUUUCCGGUACAUUCGCUUAUACAAUUCAUAAGCGCAUUUUUCCGCUUAAUGCCGCGAUGAACAACAGCUCGCGGAUCCUGGUGAAUGUCACCGACGGCGCCUCGUCCGUCUUCGCCGAGUAUCAGACCGCCUUCGUCGCCUUCAUGGCGGUGACCUUGGUCAUCUGCGUAGCCGGCAGCCUGCUCUUCCUGCUCCCGAUGGCGGUGGUGCUGCGACAGCGCCGGCUCUUCCGCAGCUCGCGCCUCCUCAUCGCCAACCAAUCUUUCAUGGAAUUCCAGCUGCUGGUCGUCCACCUCCCGCUGGCCGUCCUCGGCACGUACCUGGCCGAGACACGCAACAGCGCCCUCUUCUACAACGACCGUUUCUGCACCGUCCAGUUAUUUAUCAACCUCUCCACGGUGGUGGCUAGUUUAUGGGGCCUGUUCAUCCUGGCGGUGAACCGCUACAUCGCCGUGACCUUUAUCAACCCGGAGCGCUACCGCCGCUGGACGUCCAGCGGCGUCCAGCUGCUCCAGAUCGCCUUCGUCUGGAUCGUCGGUUUCAGCUGCCAUUUGUACUUCUUGGCCGUGCCCCUCGGAGGCGCCGCCACCGCCGGCCGCUUCCCCUUCAAGGGGUGUAUCGUGCGCAGCGGGACGGCGCUGCUGUUGAAGCAGAUCUUUGGACACUACCUCCCGGUGGGGCUCACGGCGCUGACGUACCUGCUCUUGAUGAUGCGCUUCCUGUGGGCGCGCCACCAGCGCCGCGUUCAUCCCGACACCGCCGGCGUGAAGGAACGCGAGGGCCGCGCCUUCCAGCGGCGCGUGCUGCUGUGGAAGAUCUUUCUAUUGGCCGCCGCGGUGCACUGCGUGACCUUUCUGCUGCAGCCGGUAGCUGUUUUUCUCUUCCCGUAUUCCAGCCGGCAUCCUAUCGUCUCGCUGUGGACGCGGAUCGUCUUCAACCUCGGUCAACUGUCCACGCCGAUUAUGCUGAUAGCGUUAAGUAAAGAUUGUCGGGCGGGGAUCGCGGAGGUGUGUCAAUGCAGCGCUAAUAUCCGGCGGAAGCGGCGGGAGACGGCCUUCUCCAUGCGAUCCACGGAGCGGUCCCGCGGGAAUACGCUGACCAAGAACACCGAUUCCUGGCCCACAGCACGGCGCAGCGUCACACGCCAUUAACGCAGCCACCUUCCCGCAAAAGCGCCUCACACCUUAAUGGCGCUGGCGGAGACAUUUUCUACCUAUCAAAUUGUUGCCCGUUUCUGACUUACGCUGCUAGUGCCGCUUAGAAUCACCGACAUGGUUAACGAUCCACAAUAAUUGCGCACUGCCACCCUGACCGGCUCUAGUACUAGACGUCAUUCAGCGCCGGUUUAGAUCGGCAACAGUUUGUCAAAUCGAACCGGUAUUAAACACGAUAUACGUGAUCGAUUCACAAUAAUUAGCAUAGUUAUAGCAUAAUCCCAGCCUAGCUAGCGCUCUUCUUCGGAGAUCCCUUGGAAAUUUGCAGUAUCGGAUCGGCCUUGUCGUACGUUUCAAACGUACGUAUAAUUACAUGGGUUUCCGCUGCGAUCAUACUGCAGUAUGAUUAUGAUGGCA